GGAGUUUGAUCAAUUUCACCCGUUACCGAUUGUGUCUAUGAUUACAGAGUACGUUUCUUGAUGGCUAUUGUUAAUUUUGAGAUGGGUGAGAUAUCAUCUCCACAAGUAAUUUAAAUCCUACAAGCAUAUAUCGUACAAAUCUAUCCAUGGAAAUCCCAUUCUACCACUACGUUUUGCUCUUUCUCUUCCUGUAUUUCCUUACGAAGCAUUUGGUCCAAACAAGAAAACGACUUCCACCAAGCCCUGCUCUUUCUCUGCCCAUCAUCGGCCACCUCUAUCUCCUUAAGAAACCUCUCCACAGAACCUUCGCUAAACUUUCCAACCAACAUGGUCCAGUACUAUUCAUGAGCUUCGGCUCCCGCCCUGCUCUCCUUGUUUCUUCCCCCACUCUCGCGGAGGAAUGCUUCACCAAAAAUGACGUCGUUUUUGCAAACCGCCCGCGCCUCCUUGCCGGAAAACACCUUGGUUACAAUUACACUACCCUUGUUUGGGCCUCAUACGGCCACCACUGGCGCAACUUAAGGCGCAUAGCUUCUGUUGAGCUUCUGUCAUCUAAUCGCCUCCAGAUGUUCUAUGGCAUACGUGUUGACGAGGUUAAAUCAUUAAUCCACCGACUUUCUCAACACUCAAAAGGGGAUGAGUUUCAGACUGUGGACAUGAAGUCAACGUUUUUUGAGCUGACACUCAAUGUUUUGAUGAGGAUGAUCACAGGAAAGCGGGAUUAUGGCGGAGAGAAGGUGGCAGAAUUGGAGGGAGCAAGCAAGUUUAAGAAAAUUGUGAUGGAGACCUUUCAGCUCAGUGUGGCUACAAAUAUAGGAGAUUUUCUGCCUGCUUUUAAGUGGGUUGGAUCAAGAGGACUUGAGAAAAGGUUGGCCAUGUUGCAGAGGAAGAGGGAUAAAUUCAUGCAGGAUUUGAUUGAAGAACAUCGAAGAAGGGGGAGUGAUCGGGAUCCUGCUUUUGAAGGGAGGGGCAAGACCAUGAUCGACGUCCUAUUGUCACUGCAAGAAGCUGAACCUGAAUAUUAUACGGAUGAAAUCAUCAGAGGCAUGACACUAGUAUUGUUAUCAGCAGGGACUGACACUUCUGCUGGAACGAUGGAGUGGACAUUGUCACUCUUGUUGAACAACCCGGAGACCCUUGUGAAAGCCCAGGCUGAAAUCGACAAUCACGUUGGACAGAGCAGGCUAAUUGAAGAAUCAGAUAUUGCAAAGCUUCCCUAUCUCCGCGGCAUCAUAAAUGAGACACUCCGAAUGUACCCGGCUGCCCCGCUGCUGGUACCCCACGAGUCUUCAGAGGAGUGUACUGUCGGAGGGUACCAUGUUCCACGCGGCACACUGCUAUUGGUGAAUGUGUGGGCCAUACAUAAUGAUCCUAGGAUAUGGGUAGAACCUAGAAAAUUCAAACCAGAGAGAUUCCAAGGUCUAGAAGGAGAAAGGAAUGGUGGGAUCAUGCUUUUGCCGUUUGGAGUAGGGAGAAGAGGCUGCCCUGGGGAGGGCUUGGGUAUGCGAAUAGUUGGGCUGGCCAUAGGAUCACUGAUUCAGUGCUUUGAGUGGAAAAGAAUUGGAAAAGAGAUGGUGGACAUGAGUGAAUUGGAAGGGCUCACCACGCCCAAAGCUCAGCCCUUAUUAGCCAUGUGUAGGUCACGUUCUACCAUGGCAAAUUUUCUUUCCCAACUUUGAGAACGCUUGGGAUUGUGGGUUAAUUAUUAAGAAA